UCCUUUUAGGCUUCUCGGCUUUCCGUAGUUCUGAGACUGGGCGCGCGGCGAAGCGGGUCCUGGUAGGAAAUUUGGAUCUCCUCAGGGAAAGUGUGUUUUGUGUGUGUGUUUGCUGUGUAUUCCUUCAAAGCAUGGCUCUCAACUUUCAGACAUCCACCCUUUCUCUGACUUUGCCGAUUUCGUGCCAGAUAUGUCUCGGAAAGGUCAGGCAGCCGGUCAUUUGUGCCAACCACCACGUGUUCUGUUCGUCCUGCAUGGAUACAUGGUUGAAGAAAGCUAGCCAAUGUCCCACCUGCAGAGUCCCCAUCACAGCAGACAACCCCUGCAGAGAAAUCAUCGGAGGCACAAAUGAGAGUGAUCACAGUGAUAGCCCUUCCAUGAGGAAAUGUCUCAGAAAAACCAGAGGAGAACUGCUUUUACGGGAGUAUGAGGAGGAAAUUGAAGGGCUCAUCAGAGAAAACGAGGAGCUGAAAACAAAAAAUCAAAGUCUGGAGUCACAACUGAAGACUGCUUUGGAUCCCUGCAGCAUUAAUACAGUGCAAACAGAUGACAAAAAAGUUGACCCCUAUGUCCUGGAAGAAUGGACAAACAAGCUGCGAGCUGCCACAGAUGUUUGCGAUAAAGUAAAGCAGGACAUGGACAAGCUUAAGGAGGCAAAUAAGGCGUUACGAUCUCAAAAUGUCGACCUUGUACAAGAGAAUAUGAGACUGAAAGCAGAGGUGGUGAGCAGAUCUCCUCAGAAGUUCGGUCGUUACACAGUGGCAGCACUGGAAUCUAAAAUCCAGCAGUAUGAGCGUGAUGUGGACCACUUGAAGAGGGCUCUGGAGCGCAGUGACCAGUACAUUGAAGACCUGGAGUCUCGGGUCAGUAAGUCUGAGAAGAGACGUCUUGAAGUGCAGGAGGCAUGUGGGAGUAGCAAGGCUGGGUCAGAAGUUUUCACACAGCAACAGAAAAUCAACAUGAUGAUGAGAAGCUUGAGUGACAACGAAAGGGAGUCAAUCUGUAGCAAUCCAGAGGCAGAAUGUCGAACAUUUUCUAGAAAUCACAGUUUGAUGUUCAUGCCAUCUGCAGAUCACAAAGAGUUGAAUACCAAUUUUACUGAAGACCAGAAAAAUGAGGACUUGGAAAGCAGCUCCUCUGACCUUUUGCCCACCACUCCGUCCUCUGCCUUCCGGUCCCUGACCCUGAGAAGCCCUGGCAUCCGUGAAAAGAAAGUUGCGUUUAAACCUGUGUCUUAUCUGAGGAGGCUUGAUUUUGAAGAAUUCCCUAGUCCUGGCAAGAGUAGCAGCACGAUGGAGAACCAAUUUACCAGCCUUGACAAAUUCCCCAAAGGCUUGCCUCCAGAUACUGACAUGAAACCCUCAAAGUCUGUCUGGGGUGGUUGGCAGAGAUCAAAAUCUAAUGAUCAGUCAUGUCCAAGUCCAAGUAAAGAAGGCUCAGUUAAAGGAGUCACAUCUACUCUUGUAGGUGAUGAGCCUGAUGGUUUCCACAUGUCCAGCGAGGCCUGCAUGGAUGCAGCUUACCUGGACAAAAUCUCAGAGUUGGACUCCAUGAUGCUGGAUGGAGAGAGUUCCAGUAGCCGGGGAUCACAGCUCUCCCUGGCUUCCUCCCCUCCCACAAACUUGGACAACACUCUCGUCCCAGAACCACAAACCUGCCCUGAAGUCAAACCUGUGAUACACUGCGACCAGAAGAACCACCCACCACAUGACAACAUGGAUGGCACCUUGAAUAACAAAGAGGCUCCAAAGGGCUCUGCAGAGGAAUGUUUUGCUGCACUGGCGUCAGAUAGGGAGAGCGGUGCCCGUGACCCUGGCUGUGCAGGGCAGGGAGCUCCCUCUCAGACUGAUGAACUGUCUUUUGAUUUGCUGUUUGAUUCACUGGAAGAGAAUAAGGCUGGUCCCUCUGGCUCUCUCAGUCCAGCAAGCCAAGACCAUGAUCAUGAUCAUGUAAACCCCUCCUCCUUCUCCUCCUCUUCCUCCAGCUGCACUGGUAAACCUGUGAACACAACAAGAGACAGACACGCACUGAACAUCAGCCAGCCAACAAAGAGAAAGUCUCACAGUCCCUUUAACACAAGCAGUCCCACAAAACUUUCAAAGCUCAUGUGAAGGUUUUAAAAACUGAACCUGUGUUCUCACUGUACCAUGCAAGGUGGUGUGUUUUGGUCAGGAAACAUUAACUCCAUGUUGCUUCAGAAUAAAUUUGUGAAUGAGA